AUGACUCGACACGGAAGACGCAUAAAGCGGUGCGGCACUUGUGUUGAGCGCAAAGUUAAAUGCGAUGAGCAGCAGCCCUAUUGCCAACGGUGUAAAAAUGCAGGUCUUGCAUGUUCGGGGUAUCAUAGUCAACUAAAGUUUGUCGACGAGGGGACUCGGUUCGUUUCGACUACGACUUGUCCUUCUCAGGCUGUUUCGAAAUCUGCGACAUCACAAUGCAGUCGUCUCGCCAAUGGCAGAGCAUCAACAAAGUGCCCGAGGAACCCCAAGCCUCAAAUCGUCACCCUAGUACCACAGAAGAAUACUCUGUUCUUCCCCUACACUUUGUCAAAGCUAUCACCGGAAGACUUGCGCUGCGGGCCAGGACUGGGUCCAGGAAUACUUUCCGAACUACUAACGGGCCAGCACUCGGAACUGCAUCAAUCAUGUGUACAGGCAUUGGCCGCGAUGUACUUUGGAAGAACGAAUCGGGAUAGAGAUGCCUGCGAACAAGGGCUACGGCUAUACUCUCAUGCACUGACUCAGCUCCGGACGGACAUAUGCCACUCAAAUACCGAAAUAGGCACCCUAAUGAGCAUCAUGUGUCUUUGUGUGUACGAGAAUGUCGUCUUCUCUCAACCGACGGCUUGGCUCCUACAUUAUGAUGGCCUAGGAAGAUUGAUGCAAGCACGAGGUCCCAAACCGUGGAGAACUCCAGCAGAAAGGCAAAUACUGCAAGCGGCACGGUACUACAUCACCCUCUCCGCUGGCCAUCAACGCCGCCAUUGUUUCCUCGACCAGCCUCAAUGGGAGAGCACAAGAUGCCUCCCGGAAGGUGAAACCCCAGAUAAGAUCGAUAUCCUGUAUGACAUUUUUGCCCAGCCGCCUGGGAUCAUUGCGGAUUAUGACAAUAUACGAAAAGCAAGUGUGACGGACCCUGCUGCAUUUGAAGUUUUGCGAAACAGGACACAGUCAGUCAUCGACAAAUUACAUGAAUGGUACCGGGACAUGCCAUGGGUAUGCACCACAGAUCCAGUCAUGAAAGAGAACAACGGUAUGCCUCUUCCGGAUGACCCCAUGGAAUGUGUCGCCCUCGCAAUCAGCUACGCCAUGCUUUUGUGUCUUGUCCAGCCUUGCGAAUACCUGGGUAUAUCACUCUUUCCGGAGAACAUGGAAGCUACAAGCAAUAUCGACCAAAACUCGAAAAACAAGUUCUUGGCCCUGGAGAUUUGUCGCUUCGCGAACUGGGCGCUUCGUGGUCAAGCUUCGGCGAGCUACGCCUUGCUGUUGGUAUACCCCCUUCAAAUAGCGUGGUUCUGCGUGCAGAAUAGUGAGGAGGACCUCCGUAAUGUUAGAGUCAUCAUGAACUCGGUUGUUGCGGAUUCGUAUGGUUUUGAGUUGGGGAGGAUGAGGCAUUGGGAUGAGACUAGUCUGGAUCAAGGCCGGUAUGGCUUUUUGUAUUGA